AGGAGCACACUUUGGAGGCGAGGAUCCCUCUGACUGACUGCUCCGCUCCACUCCGUGCUCCCUCCCAUGGCAGGCAGAGGACUGGAGAAGAGGAGGAAUAGAGGAAUACUGCAGUGACCAACCAGCUGCUCUCGCUCUCUCCCUCUCUCUCCCUCUCUCUCUCUCUCUCUCUCCCUCUCGCGGCUCCACUGCUUUCAUCCCCUCUUUUUUUCUUUUUUUCUCCCCCCCCUGCCAAUUAUAUCAUGAACCUGUCUGCUGCUUGUUGAUAAGGACAGCAAAACAGGGAGCAGUGGACAAGGCAUUAUUUUGUUGCUAAGCCUCCUGAGCCUAGGACACAGCAGGCAUGGCGGAGGCAUCCAGAGACCUGGGACAACAGGGUGUGGGGACAACAGAUCCUGAGGACUCUCCCAACAUGAUAGUUUAUAGAAAGAUUGAAGACGUCAUUAUGCGGAUACAGGAUGAGAAGGCAGGAGGGGUGGCCAUCCGAACUGUCAAGAGCUUCCUGUCCAAGAUCCCCAGUGUGGUAUCAGGAGCAGACAUUGUCCUGUGGCUGGUGAAAAACCUCUCAAUUGAGGACUCAGCUGAAGCCAUCCAUUUAGGGAGCCUGAUUGCUGCCCAGGGUUACCUCUUCCCCAUCUCCGACCACGUCCUCACUCUCAAAGAUGAUGGGACCUUAUACCGCUUCCAGGCUCCAUACUUCUGGCCCUCUAAUUGUUGGGAACCUGAAAACACAGAUUAUGCAAUUUACCUGUGCAAGCGCACCAUGCAGAACAAGGCCAGGUUGGAGCUAGCUGACUACGAGGCUGAGAACCUGGCUCGACUGCAGAGGGCCUUCGCCAGGAAGUGGGAGUUCAUCUUCAUGCAAGCUGAGGCACAGGUCAAGAUCGACAGGAAGAAGGACAAGGUUGAGAGGAAGAUAUUGGACAGCCAAGAGAGGGCAUUCUGGGACGUCCAUCGCCCUGUGCCAGGCUGUGUAAAUACCACAGAGAUGGACAUUCGCAAGUGCCGGAGAGAGAAGAAUCCACAGAGGGUGAAAAAGUCGGUGUAUGGGGUAACAGACGACACCCAGACUCAGAGUCCAGUCCACCAGUCCCUCCCGUCCCAGCCGGUCAGGAAGCCCACCAGAGAGGACGUGCAGAAGGAGAUUUCCUUCUUGAACAUCCAGCUGGACAGACACUGUAUGAAAAUGUCCAAAGUAGCAGACAGCCUCAUGGGCUACACGGAACAGUUCAUGGUCUACGAUCCUUUGGCGUCAACCAUUGAACCGUCCAACCCCUGGAUCAGCGAUGACAUGACCUUCUGGGACCUGGAGGCUAGCCGGGACCCCAGCCAGCACCGUGUGAAGAAGUGGGGCUUCUCUCUGGAGGAGGCCCUAAAGGACCCAGCAGGGCAGGAAGCGUUCCUCAAGUUCCUGGAGUCGGAGUUCAGUUCAGAGAACCUCCGGUUCUGGUUGGCAGUGCAGGACCUGAAGCGGAGGCCCCUGGAGAACGUGGCAACCAGGGCCCAGGAGAUCUGGCAGGAGUUCCUGGCAGAGGGAGCGCCCAGCUCCAUCAACUUGGACUCCCACAGCUAUGAGCGCACCAGCCAUAACCUCCAAGACCCUGGACGAUACAGCUAUGAGGACGCACAGGAGCACAUCUUCAAGUUGAUGAAAAGUGACAGCUAUGCACGCUUCCUGAGAUCUAACAUCUAUCAGGACCUCCUGCUAGCCAGAAAGAAGCCGUCACAGACAGAGAGUGAGCAGGGCCGUCGUACCUCCCUGGAGAAGUUCACCCGCAGUGUGGGAAAGUCUUUGACGGGCAAGCGGCUGACAGGGCUGAUGCAGUCCUCCUGACACUGCCUGGGCAGGAGGGGCAUAGAGAGACACCCCUGGAGGGGUCAUGACCAUGUGGGGAGAGGGGCGUGCUGGGGCAGGAGGCUCUCUUCUGAAGGGUUACAGACAGUACCAUGCAGAACUGGGGUUAGGAAUACUCACAGAACCACAGAGGAAUGGAUCAUGCCAGCCAGGGCGGGCCUUGACCCACUCACUACAUGGCAUGCAUACAAUACAGGCACACACGAUUACAGUAGAGCGACAUACAAGCUCAAAGAGUCAUAAUGGGGUAUAUACAUAUAUAUACAUUUCCAUCUGCCCUCACUAGGCAGUCAGCAAUAAAGACAGCAGGAUAACAAAUCUCUCUUUUUUAUAUCUAUCUAAAUCUAUAUCAUAUUUUUUCUUAUACAGUACACCGCAUAAUCCUGUUCACUGAUGGAAACUUAAAACCUGUUAUUUUUUGCAGUGAUUGGGAAUAUAUUUUUUAUUUGCCCAUAAAUCUAAGGUAUUAUAAUUGUUAUUAUAGAAGACCGGUUAAGUAACUUUGAGGGAAAUUCUCCAUGCUUCAUUACAUUCCAAGAAUAGGUAUAAGGCCUUGAUAGAGAAUCUACAAUGAAUCAUUGCAUGUUUCAUCAAAACAUUUUGUUUGUUUAGAAUUCAUGCUGUGGUUGGAUUUUUAUUGAUUGAAACCAUGUAGUCCAAUUGAGGUGAACGGCUUAUUUUUCAAAGGAGACCUGGACAAGAAAGCUCUAGUAUUUUACAUAGACGAUCAUACACUCUAGAACACCUACCAUUUGAUUCAAUCAAUAUAGAUAGCUAUAAUGUUUCAAACCCCUAUCCCUUAUGGAAAAUGUCAAUAAUAUCGAUGAGUUUAUAAAUGUGUGAUUUCAGCCUUAUUUAGUAUUUUACACGGCAUCAUGGGGUUUACAUAUUAUUCUGGACCUAUUCAAGCAGAUACAUGCCAAAUAAGUGCCACAUCUGAUCAGUCUAAGUGACAUUCACAUGCCUUACAGGCCCCUAAUGAAAAUAGCCCUGCAUCACUACCAUCUAAUGGCGAGUAAAAACCAUGCACAACCUCUGUGGAACAUGUGGCCUGCCCUGCCCUAACAGGAGGUGUGACAGGAACAUGUAUUAACCUCCUUUAACCAGGGGAACCCAUUGAGACCAGGGCCUCAUUUCACCCCGCAAGCAGAGGUGUCCUACAGUAUAACGUUUAACAGCCUAAGAAAUUCAGUUUUAUUCAGUACUAGCCUUUCUGUUGCAUGAGUGUCAAUGUAAACCAUGCUCAAGUCAUUUAUCCAUAGUCCAGUCUUUGGGUCAGAGAGAUGUGUAUGUGCUCAUCAUGUUGCAAGCCAUUGUUAUAUUUGCCAAACAGUGUGCAUGCUUGUUAGGGAAAAUGCUCUGGCGAAAUAGAGUUUAGGGAGUCUGAGCUGGGGAGUAAAAGUCACGUGAACAAAGACCCAGCAGGCUGCUUGGUUCCUCUUCUGUCUUCAAACACAAACAAAAGUGAAAUGCCCUCGAAGCCCCACCACUGAACUGAACAGGAGCAUCACCACUGAACUGAACAGGAGCAUCACUGCUGAAAGGACAAACUCAUGAUAUACACCUGACUGAUAUAUUGCAUCCACCCCUGGAACUGGAACAUACAGUACAUACCACUUGUACCCUCCCAGAGUCCUGAGCUAGAAGAGGGUAUCAUUCACAGCACAACAACAACUCCCUGGUGUGGUGAGGGAGAGGGGGGGGGCACAUGAUCAACUCAGAUCAAAGUUUAUUGGUUGCAUACACAGUUAUGCCAGAGACAAUAUUAUGAAAGACAAAUCGAGAGCUAGGUACUAUAAUGUUCAAUCUGCAUGGUCAAAAUUCAGUUAUUGACAGUUGUGUUCAGUGUUCUCAAUCUAUAUAGUGAUCUAAAUACCACAAUUCAUGUGAAGUUAAAAAUAAAACAUUGCUGAGACCAAAGGGUUCGGAACUUUAAAGCCAAAUUAUAUCAGAAUAAUAUUUUUUUCCAGAUAGAACGUUAUAGUCCCAAGUUCUUGAAAUACUGAGAUAAUUAUUUCAAUAAUUGUUUCAAUUAGAGUUGCUGCAAUACACUGUACUGGUUAAUAUUUAUGAUUAUCAUAAACUGAUAACCUCUUGACUGUAAGGUAGAGAUGCUUCAUGUAUUGAGUCAGUGUUUAAAAAUAUUGUCGGCACAAACACAAUAGUGUACAGAGUGCAUUGUAUAUAAAUUGACUAUAGAUUUCCAUUAUCUAAAAGCACAUGUUAUGGUAUGGGCACAUUACUAUGCAUGUAACAUAUCCAGGGAAUUUGUGCUUCUAGUUUCUCAAACAGCAAGAUGACUAUUAUCAAUGUAAAAUACCCAUGCACCUGAUAUCUUGUGGGCACCAAAUAAUAAAACCUUUGGACCUCUGUCUA